AUGGAAACGUCCGGCGCUAAGGGAGAGGUGAAAACGGAGCCGUGCAAUGAGGCGGAAGCGUCAGCGGUGAUAGAAGCCACCGGAGCCGCGGCGACUGAAGGUACAGAAUCCACGGCGAAAGUUGCAGGAGACGCACCGACUGAAGCUACAGGAGCCGUGGCGAGUAAAGUCGCAGGAGACGCGGCGAUUGAAGCAGCAGAAAAAGCGGAAAUAGAGGUCGAAAGUGAACCGGUUGACCAUGUGGAGAGACGAGUGGAAGAAGCGUCAGUUCCGGCUGGUGAAGCGAGCGAGGAUGUGAAGAUGGAAGACGUAAAUGUCGCGGGCCACGGCAGCAACGCUGCGACUGAUGUCAGCAACCGUCUGACCGAGGCCAGCCAAGGUGCGGCUGACGGCAGCAACGCGGCGAACAAGGAUGACGGCACCGGUGGUGUCGGCGCUGCGAGCGACAAGGAUGGCGACACUGCUAAGGACGACGCCGAGGCGAGGUCCGCAAAUCCCGCAAUGGAUGCCGAGAACGCCGAUAAUUGCAGCUCCCCUCGGCUAACGUCGCAAAGGACUAACGACGCUUCUGCGAUGUCCCCUCCUAGAGACCCCGCCGUCGCCGCGCUAGGCGCUGAGACCAACGGCGACACGCCUCCGCCGUCAAAGCCUGGCGCCGGCACGCCGAGCUUCUCCGUGGGGACGCCGUCAGUUGCGGCGGAUACUCCGCGGCAGCAGACUAUCAGCCCGGACAGCCAGUCCAGCCUGGUCGAUCCCGGCCUGGUCGCAGAUGAGAACGCGGCGCCGUUCACCAUCAGCCAAUGGCAGCAGCUGGAGCAGCAAGCGCUCAUUUUCAAGUACCUCGUCUCCGGCGCCGCCGUCCCACCUGAACUCAUCGACUCGCUCUAUUCCACCUCGGACUCGCCUCGCCAAUCACCCGACGGCCCUGCGUCGUGGGCCACGCCGCUCAAGGACGCGGAGCCGCUCAGGUGCCGCCGCACCGACGGCAAGAAGUGGCGGUGCUCGCGAGAGGCGGUGACGGACCAGAAGUACUGCGAGCGUCACAUGCACCGCGGCCGAAACCGUCUGGGAAAAUCGCGAAGGCUCAGCGACAAGGCGACGGCCGGAUCGUCUCUGUCCAUCCAGGCCGCGUUGUCCGAGGGGCCCAUGGGGUGCGUGGAGGGCACGUGCUCCGCCAUGACUGACACGUGCACCGACACGCCCUGCCACAAGGGCCUCGUGCCCAAGUUCGAGCUCGGUUCGGUGUCGAAGAUGGAGAUAGGCUCGGUGUCGAAGCUGCGGUUGAACACGGACGAUGUGGGCUCGACUGUUACGCGCGGGUCCCCUCCGCCUCCGCUUGCGCUGCCCCCGCCCGCUCAGCCUGUCGGCGCGGACCAGACGCGCACUCCCGCCUCCAAGACCUCGGGCCUUGGUUGCUCCAAGCAACUCGCCAUCGAGCUGUCCCCAGAGAACACCGGAUCACCCGUCCCGACCAGCCAACAGCCCCGCGACCCUGCGUGCACCCCGUCCGCUACUGCUGCUCCGGCCGCCUCUGCCAGCGCAGUCACUGGCUCCGAUGCCACUGCAGCCAAGUCGUCCCGUGCCAUGUUCACCCCGUUCGGCCUCCCCGAGCCCACGCCCGCUCCUUCCUCGUCCUCCGCGCCUCCCGCUGAAGCCGCGUCCAACAGUAAGUUGCUCGUCUCUGGCGGCUCAGACAAUUACCACCCCCAGCAGCACCAGCAGCAGCAGCAGCAGCAGCAGCAGGAGUUUUUUGAGCAGCAGCAGCAGCCUUUUGAGCAGCAGCAGCAGUUCGGGGCGGACCCUCGGCUGCAGAAGUCGCAGUCAAUGCCGUGCCACAGCAGCGGCAGCAGCAACGGCCGGAUUCAGCUGCAGCUGAACGGGUCUCUGGGCCCUCGCCUCACGUCCACCUUUCAACCCAGCCACAGCAUCGUGGAAGGCGAUGAAGGCAGCCCCGCCCCCAUGCCUUCGCAGCAGCCACAUCAGCAGCAUGCCCUGAUGCCCUCGCGAUCCAUGCCGCCCCGCCAACAGCAGCCAGGUGCCUCAAACGCCCUGUAUUCUCAGCAGCAGCAGCCUGCCGGGCGCAUGGGCUCGCCGCCUCGCAUGCAGCGGUCCACGUCGCUGGUGCUGGGCGGCGGGCAGCGGCUGUGUCUGCAGGUGCCGCCCAGCAGCAACUCGCGGAUGCCCGUUUCCUCCAGCGGGAUGGCGCCUGCUGGUGCCGCUGCUGGUGCUGACUCUGCCGGCGCUGGUGGUGGUAACGGCGUGGGGCAGCUCCAGCCGGGGCACUACCAGCUGCAGACGGGCGGACGAGGUCCCAAUGGCGCUGUGCCCCUCGGCGGCAGCAACUGGCAGACCCAAGGCCAGCAGCGGCAGUCGCCCGCGCAGCAGCCUUUCCAGCAGCAGCAGUCGCAGCAACAGUGGCGGCCGCAGCAGCAGCAGCCGGCACAGCAGCAGUGGCAAGGCCAGUCACAGCAGCCGCAAGUCCUUUCUUCCGCGCCUUCUCCUCGGCCGCAGCAGCAGCUGGAGCAGCAGCCACAGCAGCGGUGGUCGACACCGAAUCAGCAGCAGCAGCCGUGGCAGCCGCAACAAGCAGGGCAGCAGCAGCAAUGGCAGCAGCAGCAGGCGCCGCAGCAAGGCAUCAACGCUCCUUCUCAGCCCGCAGGUGGUAACCAGUGGCAGUCACAACCAGCCCAGGCACCAAUCGCGCAACAACAGCAGCAGCAGCAGCAGCAGUGGCAAUCCCCUUGCGCAGCACAGCAGCAGCAGACGCCUCGGUCUCAGCAACAGGGCGGGCAGUGGCAGGGCCAGAACCAGCAGUGGCAGCCGGAGCACGCCAAGCAGGCCCCCGGGCAGGCACCCAUGACGCCAGUGAUGCAGCCACAGCAGCAGCAAGGCAUGGGGCAGGCGGGGCCAGCACCGUCUCAGCAGACGCCCUACACGCCUCAGCAGGGGCAGUCGAGGCAGGGCGCGGGGCAGAGAGGCGAGGCGUGCAAGUUCAGCUCACGAGCUCUGGUGCUCAGCGGCGAGCCUGAGUCGCCUGAGACCCACCCGCUCGUCUCCGCCCGCUCUGCUUAUUCUGACGGGGCACCCAAGACCCAGCAGCCACUGCAGCAGCAGCAGAUGCGGGUGCAGGCAGUCCAAGGGCAGCAGCAACCCAUGAACGUGCAGCAUCAACAGCCUCCGCCGCAGCAUCAGCCUCAGCUGCAGGUGCCUGUUCAGCAGGCGCCAAUGCAGCAAGCGUCGGUGAUGCAGCCACAGCCAAUGCAAACCACAGCCAUGUCCGGUCCCCCUCAGCCAAUGAGAGCCCCGCGUGGAUCCAUGCUGCCUCCCCCUCCCCCCAACGCCCAGGCGCCUCUCCAGCAGCAGCAGCCGCACUCCCAAGCUCUCCCCAUGCCCCUGGGGGGACUCUCCUCUUCCACCAGCACCACCAGCAGCACCAGCAGCGGUGGGGGCGUGAAGGUGCCUCUGCUGCGGCUGCCCAGCCUCGUCCAGAGGCCGCCCGCCCAUCCGUCCCCCUUGGGCCCGCCUCCCUCCAGCCUCAGCAGCCACGGCUCUGGGCUGUCGGCAUGCAGCAUGGCAUCUCCCAUUGGCACCCCUAUGGGCGCGCCUCACAGCAACCCCCACGUGCUCACGCGCUGCAGCUCUGUGCCUGAGCCCAGGCACGGGCGGCCGCACCUCAUGCGCUCCCAGUCCAUGUUUGAGUCGCCCAGGAAGAGCUUCGUUGCUGCGCCCACCGACAAGUACUGCCCGCCGCCCCUGGACCUGCUCAAUGGCUCGGAUGCCUGUGGGUACAGUGACGGGCCGUAUGAGCAGCAGCAGUACCAGCAGCAGCAGCAGCAAAUGUACCAACCGGUGCAAUCCCAGCAGCAGCAGCAGCAGCAGCAGCAGCCGAUGGGUUACCAGAUGGGGAGUUCCAGUGGCUCUGGUGGUAUGCCAGCAAGCCACACCAACAUGCGGCAGAUGAGCAACUCCCAGCAACAGCAGCGAUUCAGCCCCGCCCCUUCCCAGUCUCGCAUGCACAGCCCUGCACCGCCACAGGCGCCCAUGGGGUCACAGCCAACCCUCGCACAACCACCCAUGGGGCAGCCCCAGCAGCAGUACUCGCAUGCUACUCCCAUGCAGCAACAGCAACAACCGCAGCAGCAGCAGCCGUUCUACCAGCAGUCACAAACAGUGCAAGGACCACCAGUGCAGCAGCAGCCUCCCAUGCACCACCAAGGGCAACCUCUGCAGUACCAGCAGCAGCAGCAACCGCAGCAACAGCAGUAUCAGGCGCAACCCAUGCAGAAUAUGCAGCCUCAGAUGCAGCAACAACAGUAUCAGCAACAACAGCAGCAACUGCCUGGUCCUCCGCCCAUGCAGCAGCAGCCCACAUCGCAGCCGUACAUGCAGCAACAACUCCAUCCUACGGCCCAGAUUCAUCCUCCCUCUGCCUGUGUUGAUGACCGGCUGCAGCAGCAACAGCAACAGCAGGCGCCACAGCAGCAGCAGCAGCAGUCAGGACUCUCCAUCGACAUGUUCUUCAGUGACGACAGUCCAUGGGAAGAGGCAUCAGCCCUGAUUGGCCGCUCACCCAACCUGGGUCUGCUGCCGUGUGUGGACGACGCUGACGACUGCAGCCUCAUCAGCGGGCCGCCCUCGCAGUACUUCUCUGUCAACCCCAGCGACUCCCAGGAUGCCUUCCUGGCCGCCUGA